AUGGCAGCUACUCUUCCCCCCGAGAUUCUGCUUUUGAUUUUGGAUGCUCUCGCAGAAACCAGCGACCGUUUUGGACUUCUCAAGGUCUGUCGGAAUUGGAACACGGCCCUUGUUUCGAAGGUGUAUUCGAGUGUUAAGGUUACCUUCUUCCCUGAGGUUUACAUAGUACCAUUUGCGCAAGCCAUUCACAAGAAUACGCGACUUAGGUCUACCGUGAGAGAACUUAUCUUGCCGAAUUUCUAUGCUGACAGCUACGGAGCUAGCCACUACAACGCAAGCCUUUUCCGAGGGUUUCUGGAAAGCUUCACGGACAGCGCAGAGGAACUGAAGAGAUGGGAGGAACUCCUAGACGUCAGAGAAACCACUGCUUGGCUGGCAGUGGUGCUGCUCCUCUUGAAAAUCUCCAACACCUCGACAUACACUGGAGCGAACUCUGCACCGAGCCUACAGUCGGGGCGAGCCGAUGGUAUUCACGAGUAUCCAGUAUGCGACUUUGCCCCCUUCUUCAAACUUCCCGCCAUGCGGGCCUUGCACCUCAGUGGGGUUCAUGAGGCACAUGUGGAACGCUUCGAGAAAUACAGAGAUUUCUGGAUCCCUCUAAGUCUGGAGCCGGGGUGCUCGCCAGUCCGUGAGAUCAUCGUGAAUAACUCCAACUGCAAACACGGAAUGGCGGAGUUCAUUGCCUCCUGUGCUAACCUUGAACGCUUUGAAUACCAGCACCGCAACCAAGCACUUUACGAGCGCACGUAUUUGAGUUAUCGAUGCCAUCCAUUUCACACGGCUCUGUUAACUCAGAAACAGAGCCUGCAGGUAUUACGUCUGAACGAUAUCGGUAUCGCAAAGUGGGUGUUGUUCGAGGAGGCAGACAACCCAGAAGCUCGACGCCACGCUUGGUUUGGAAGUCUAGCGGAAUUCACUGCUUUACGAGAACUACGGAUGCCGGUGCGCAAUUUGCUGCAGUCCACGGAGGGCCAGGAGCCGAACCAGUCCCUGGUGGAAAUUCUUCCGCCCAGUAUCGAAUACCUUUGCCUAGCAAAGACCGACAUGAUUGAGUACACGAUGCUCGAAUCUCAGCUUCGUCGCUUGUUGGAUGUUCGCGGCCAACAGUUUCCUAACCUGCAGAAAAUAGUGCUGCAGCUGUUUCAGAUGGAGGUGUUUCCUGGCGAGGAAGAAGUGCGCCUGAAACAGAAGAAUUGGGGAGUACCGCCGCGUGCGAAGGAGGCCUUUGCGGAUAUUAUGAGUAUUUGUAAGCAGGAGGGCGUCGAAUUCAGCUUUGUUAAUGACGAGGACUACCAAAUUCUCGUUGAUGGCAAGGUAAUGUAUGACACUACCGAUUGUUAUACGACGGCACAGAAAAUAAGGUGGGCUAUGCGUAUUUAA